AUGGCCGACUCGGUGCGCUCGCCGCCGCGCUCGCCGCCCGUACCCCUCCCUCCCUCGACCCGCCUCUUUGCUCCCUCUCUCGGCGCCAAGCCCAAGCCUGCAACCGACAGCGCUUCGGCACCUUCGUCGACCUCGCCUCGAGCUAGCGGCAAGCGCACGCCCACGUCGCGCAUGUCGUUCCGCCGCCUCAGCUUCUCGACCGUCGGCGCAAGCGGCUCGUCCACCUCUGCCGCCUCGCCCGGCUCGUCGACCCCGUACAGCAGCUCGACACCAGCCUCGACCACGUCCGACGCAGGCGGCUUCACGUUCGUCCCGUACGAGGACCCUGUCGCGGCCUCGUCGUCCUCAAGCGCGCUCGGGCGCAUCGUCGCCGACGCGUUCGACAUGCGCGACAUGGCGAGCCAGCUGAGCGCAAUCGCCGACACCGCCUCGAGCCCGUCGUCGUCACGGCCCAUGAUCAAGCUGCGCACGCCGUUCGUCCACAAGAAGGCGCGCAUCCCCCGACCGCGCACCAAGAGCGGUUCGAGCACGACGAUCGAGGACCUUCCCGACGAGCUCCUCCUGCGCAUCUUUGGCUUCCUGAACGACUGGCAAGGGUUCCGCCCGGUUCCUGGCAAGGACCUCGACGAGACGCCGACGUGGUACACGCCGCCGCUCCGAGUUGGGCUCGUCUGCCGCCGCUGGCUGCCGGUCGCACGCGCGCUCUACUACCGCUUCCUCAAGAUCUCGCACGUCGAGCGCGUCUCGGCCCUGCACGCCGCCUUCCUCGCCAACCCGAACCUGCCCGCCGCGGUUCGCCACCUGUCGAUCGACCUCCCGUACGGCGCUGGCGCCAAGCUGUCGCUGUGCGCCACGCCCGAGCCCGGCGCGACCGCCGAGGGCACGGUCCCCGAGGCCGACCACAGCCCGGUCAAGAAGCGCAAGCCGCUCACUCGCGGCGACGAGCUGCGCGCCGUGUUCCAGAGCUGCGCGCACCUCCUCAGCCUCGAGAUGAGCGGCGUGGCACCGGCCCUCCUCCUCGGCUCGUCGUCGUCGCGGUCGACCACGUCGGCGCUGCACCACCUGCACCAGUUGCGCCUGUCGACCGUCACGCGGUUGACGUUGCGCGGCGGGACCGGCGCCGUCGAGCGAGGAGGCGACGGCGUGCCCGUCCUCGACGCCGCGAGCGUGCGCGACGCGCUCCUCGCACUGACGGGCCUGCGGUCGCUCACGCUCAAGGGCUUCGCGUCGUCGCUCUCGCCCGACGGGGCCCUCGACUUUGCGCCGACGAGGACCCACCUCGGCCUCACAGCGCGGCCGCUCCCGCUGCGCGCGCGCACGAGCGCCCGCCUCCCGCUCGAGCGCCUCGCGCUCGUCGAGUGCUGCAUCUCGGCGGCAGACCUGCGCGCCCUCGUCGAGCAGUGUCAGCGCGGCAAGCUGCGCUCGCUCGCCGUCGUCGACCUGUGGGACGCCGACUCGGCCAAGAAGAACCGCCGCGAGGGACGGCAGCAUCUUCCGAGCGUCGAGUCGCUCCACGACGUGACCGACCUCGUCGCCGGCAGCGUCGAGCACCUCCGCGCGACGCUGUACAACUACCCGCCGGCGACGGACGUUGCAGAGGCGGCGGCGAGCACGGCGCUGCGCUCGCCCGAGCGGUCGACCUCGCGCCGCCUGCCGCCCGUCGGGUCAGCUCGGGCAGGAGCAGGUCGGCCCCUCGAUGCCGCCACCUCCGUCGAGCGUGCGCGCAGGCCCGUCCCGCCAGCCGGCGAGCGGCACAUCCUCGACGGGUUCAUCGCGCAGCUCGAGGGCCUCAAGACGCUCGACAUCGGCGGCUCGGUCGUCUCGCCCGCGCUCUUCGCCCCUCAUGCCCACCCUUACUCGCACACCUACCCUCUCUCGUCUCUCGGCCUCGAACUCGGCGUCGACCCGACCGGCGCGACGAGCCGCUCGCACCGCGACCCGCCCGGGCUCGAGCUGCACCUCGCGCCGACUCUGCGCACCCUCACGCUCCGGUCGUGCGACCUCCUCCCACCGUCCGCCCUCGUCCCCUGGCUGCGGUCCCUCGCGCUCCCCUUCCCGGCCUCGUCCACCUCGUCCUCCCUCCACCGCUCGCACCCCUCGACCUCUGCCCCUCCUUCUGCGCCCUCUCGCCUCUCUCACGGUCCCGCUCCGCCCGCCCUGCGCACCCUGCGCACCCUCGGCGGCUCAGAGCACGGCUGGGCCCGCCCGACGGCGUGCCUCGAGGUGCAGCGCGCGUGCUGGGCCGCCGGGAUCGUCUGGACGAGCGGCGGCGGGUCGGGACCCGACGCGGGCGUCGAUGCGGCUGCAGGUGGAACUGCGGGCGCUGCGGAGGAGGCGGCGACGUCGUGGCGCCCGGCGGUGGCGGGCGCGCUCGGCGGUGCCGGGCGCUCCACGAUGGCGGCGCCGGCGUCGCUCAGCGGCCCACCCGGGUUCCCGCAGCAGGCGCGCACGACGACGACGACGCAAGGCGUGCCCGCACAGGAGUACUGGGCCUGUCAGAGCUCUUCGAGGCUCCUGCCUCGCUCGGGCGGCGGAUGGUGACGAGACGAGACGAGGAGGUCCGAGCGGCUCAAGGUUGGCUCUCUCGGUCGGUGUGCCGUCAUUUGCUCGUUUUGCCAUGCAGUGUAUCUUUCCU